AUGGGGACAUCUAGUUCGACACUCGAUGUGGGAAGGGCACUACGCUCUAUGUUGACGGAGACGACUAUACAUGAUGACGCUUUUGCGUUGCUGCUGGGCACAGAGCUUUCUAAUAGUGAGUUGGAACGCGCCGUUCCUCUGACCGUUUUGAGAAGCAUGCGACAUUGUUACACCAGGAAUUUUGCGCAGUUGUUGUUUAAGUGCAUCGAAGUUGUCGCAAAGGUUCUGACCACUGAUUUCAAGAGAGACGAAAGAAACAUUUCUGCCGAAGCACAAAAAUUACAGAAUGCACUUCGGCUAAUGAGAAGAAUGCUUCCCAUCGCCAUGGAAAGCGGUAACACGCCGUGCGAUGAGGAAAGUCCUGAUACUGCUGACACAGUAAGUUUAACCCAGAGUCCGGAUGUGGGCUCCGCAAAUGGAGAAGCGCCCACAAGGCGGUCGCGAACGCAAUUCACCAAGACGUUUGUGCAGUCAUUUUUUGUGGAAAACCUUGCAUGUGAUGACGAAAGGCCGGAACAUCGGCUGCCGACUCUCCCCGGCCAAGAAUUGCCCCUAGGUAAAUUUAUGGGCUGUGUAUUGAUUGACUGCUGCUUUAUUAGAGGUUUGACGCUAGACAAAAAUGCUGCUCCGACAGAUCUAUCUCCGAGUCACCCUUAUGUUGAUCAGUCCCUCCUGUGGUACCCAGGCGUUGGUGGAGAGCAGACAACGGAGGUGAACUCCACCAUGCAUACCAUUCGAUACGAAAUUUUGUACACACUCGUGGCUCUCCUGGCGUACCCACUUUUCUUGCCUCCUGGCAGCAGAGACACAAUCUUCACUGAGCCGUUGUUGAGUGUUGAUACAGUGCCUCUAUUACCAACGCUGGUGGCGUCUUCUCUGAACACAAUCUUGUCGUACAAUCCUUUUGGCUCCCUCCCUUACACAAGUCAUUGGGUGGGGGCGAAGGAGUUGGUGACGCAGAUGAGCGCGCGAUUCCUGGGUGCUAUCUUGUGCUACCCGGGCGCCCCACUCGAUGAGGCCCCGCCAACCUCGGUUGCUGGUGUCCCUGCGGGCAAUGAAACCAACGCAUUGAGCAGCAAUGCAGCGACAGGGAAAAAUGGUGAGGCUGUAGGAAGAACUGCCACGUCGUCACGUGUGCAAGUUGUCCAUAGCGCGAGAGAACUUAUUCAUAAAAUCACAGCUGAAGAGGCUCGGUGCAUUGUGGUGCGCUUCCAACCGAUCAUUGGCCUUAAGUUGUACGCAAAUCGAACAUAUCUACCGGAUUCUCAGCGGUGUUUUCUAACUCAAGACGAAUUCAUGAUGGUGCUCUGGCGGCUCAUUGAGCUCUCUCCUGAAUGCCUUGCGGCCUUCGGACGAGAGCCGGCGGUGUUAGGGUACCUGCUUCCCCUCGUUGACUACGCUCUCAAUGCAAGAAGGGAUCCACAUUUCUUUCCCCACCUUGAGCUCGUGUUGUUCAUUUUCAUGCGCCUUACUGGGAAUCGUCCAUUUUGUCUGCAGUGCAAUGCGCCUUUCCGCGAGAGUAUUCCGUUUGAAUUCGAUGCCUUCAAAGGGUCAUACGCUGAUCUCAUUAUUAUUAUGAUGUGUUCGUUUCUGCUUAUGCGUGAUGAUUUGAUACGUCCUUUUCACGUAACCUGUAGUGCAAUCAUAACGAACAUUGCACCCUUCCUGAAGAGCGUUAGUUUGACCGUUUCAAAGAAGUUGAGUAUUGUGUUUGCCUCUGUGGCGACGAAGUGUCUGGCGUAUAAAAGCUCUCUGCAGACGACAUUGGUCCCCGUAGAUGACGACCAGGUGGUGGCAGACCAUAUCGUCAUGUGCAGUAUAGUGGAAGCUAUCGCCAGUGUGCUGCAGUAUCAAGAGGCGGGCGCAGCACCGCUUCUUACCGUCUUCGUGGAACGGAAGAGUCUAGUGAAUGAAUUGGCGGCAGUGUUUGCGGCAGAGGGGCCUGGUGCCAUCCACACUGGUCUCCCCUCGCCGUUCCUUAUCGAGACACUCAGGGCUGCCAUUGCAACUGUUGAAGGCGUCGUCGCGAACGCAGCAGCAACAGGCAAGGAUCCUCUCUCGACAAUACACAGCACAACGCUUGUGGGCGCUUUGCCGACUCCACACCCAAUCGUCGUGAAGCGGCUACACUCAACGUGGCAGAUGGAGCAAUGGGCCAUGAGGACAAACUGGUCAUCGCUGUACAUGCACUCGCCUCCUGGAGCCUUUGGGGAAAGCAAAUCGAUAAAGAUGUUGCGCUUUGCGUAA